AAGAACGACACUGGAGUAGGAGUAGGUGUUGCUGACGGUGCUUUACAGUAUACCCUCGCCCUUCACCGUGUAGAGGCUGUGACCGUCAGGGGGCGCUAGCUUUGUGAAGGUUUAAAAUCAGUCGCUCUAGUCAAGGCAAAUGAUCGAAGUGAAAAAUAAUAACAAUCUGGCCAUUAUUUCCUAAAAGACCCCAACGACAAGAGUCCACAGAUAUUUAUCGAGGAAAAUAUAACAGAUUUAAAAUAAAAAGUUAUAUCCAUCGCUGAUCACAAAGAGGACAAGAAAAAGAUUGAUAUCCAUUGAAAAAAAAACGUAAAAAAUCACUUAAAUUUAGCAAGACGAGAAUAAGAACUCGAGGGCCUUGACACGACAGAGGCGAUAUUAUCUAGUGAGUCACCGUCUGAAUGUCUAGUUAACCUGACAGGAACGACAAUUAUAAGUCAGUAAAUAAAGUUAAUAAGCUAAGAAAAUAACUUGGAUGUGGAUCCUGACACUUCUACAGCACUACCACACGGGUCUGGUGGUGGUGACAGAGGAACCCUGACGAUACUCACUAAAUACUGGCGAAGGUGACUGAAAGAGUGAACGAAAGUGAACGAAGUAUAACGAGUGUUCAUCAAAAUCGACCAUAACAAUAGACAAACAACCAUAACGCAGCAAUACUGAGUUACAGAAGAAGAAAAGGUAAAUUAUUUUAGUAAGACCUGAACAAAACCCAGUAAAAUUCCAUUGAACUCUACCUUAAAAAUCAGAAAGUAUUGAUAUUUUACCUCGAAAAACCAGAGAACAAUCAGGACUAAUCAGAUCUGAAUAGACAAGGUGAAACGAUAACUUGACAAACACACAGACGAUCUCCAGCUCAACAUGUCAACACUGAAGAUUACACUCAUACUCUUAUUGUACUUCAUCUUCCUUAUUCAGUGUCACGACCUCAAUUCUGCCGUUCCUGGUGACCUCUACGCCCAGGUCAAGAGUAACUGGGGAGCUGGUAAGAGUCCUGAGACCCGGGGAGAGGAAGGGUCAAGUCAGGUCAGUGCUGGAGAUGACCCCAUGGCAAGGCAGGAGAAUUUGGAGGAAAUAUCAAGACUGAAGCGGGUGUUGAUGGAGGACUUAGAAGCUGAGAGACGUGUAUCAGGGUUCACCGCCCACCUGCCGGGGUCAAGGAGGUCAACCUUGACUAAGACGAGGUGGUCCUUCAUCGACCUGGCACCUUUCUACCUCCCUGAUCCCGCUAAGGUCAACCCGGAGUGCCGCCGAGACAUCCUGGCACUUUACACGGCCAUCAUCCACCUUGACCAGCUGAUUAAGAAUGGCACUCUAUGGCCCCUCAAGUUGGUAGAUUCUUGGGGUAAGUCAGCUGACGGGGUGUUGGUCGGUAACCUCAAGAUAAUCGGCUUCUUGAAUGAGUGUGUCAAUAUAGAGGUGCAACCAGAGUCCUUGAGCCUUGACCCAGACCUCCAAGACCUUGAUAGCACACUCGAAGGUCGUCCUCAACACCAUCCCCUUAACACUUUUGAUGGUCCACAACGCGGGUCUUUGUUUUCUCAAGGUCGCCCUCCACAUCUCCAAGGUCGUCCUCCACCUCUCCAAAGUCGUCCUCCACACACGGCAGGUUUUAACAACGAAGAUAUUGUGCUGAACGCUAAUUUCCGGGGACAGUACUGUGUCCUUAACUUCAGAGAGAACGCUAGUAGUGACGUUACAUAUACUAGCUCGAGACAGCAGAGAUACCAGGAGACAGAACCAGCCAUGCCAUCCAUCUCUACCCGUCUACCUCUGUCACUAGCUGCUCUAUUCUACUACUCCACCUGUAUCCCCUCCACCUGUACCUCCACCGAAUUGAAGACAUCAGUGGAGGCAGCUGUAGGAGGGACGGAGCUACAGUUAGAUGAAGUAGACUGUCAGGUAGAUAGUCCACACCACCACCUGGGCACACCUGAGAUAGUCGGCAGUGUGUUGUUCAGUAUAAUGGGUGUGGUGUUGCUGGCCGCUACCGUGUUGGACCUAUGGACGAGCUCACCCAAUCGAACCCCGCUAAAGGAAGGUAGGUUGAGGUAUCUGCUGGUGUUCUCAGUGACCCACAACCUGCAAAAGCUGUUCCUCCUGGAGACUCACCCCUCACCUCACGUCAUCUCCUGCCUCCAUGGUGUCAGGUUCUUGUCGAUUACGUGGGUCGUGAUGGGCCACCAGUACCUCUACUCCGCCCAGGCUGCCCAGAACCCGCUGGAUAUUGUACAGAUGAGCAAGGCGGUGGGGUUCCAGAUCAUCGGAAACGGCGACCUGAGCGUGGACACCUUCUUCUUCAUGAGCGGCCUGCUGGUGUCCCUGGGAGUCCUCAGGCAGUACUCCACCACGGGCAGGUUCAACGCUCCUCUCUAUUACAUCCACAGGGUCAUCAGGUUACUGCCACCCAUCGCUGUGACGGUAGCGCUGAUGGCCACGCUCUCAGGGCUGGUGGUCGGGGGCCCCUUGUCUCGCCAGUACACCACCUACUACCUGAAGGGCUGCAGACACUCCUGGUGGAUGGAUCUCACCUUCAGUAGUAACUUCAUCUUCCCUCACCUGGCGGAGAUGGGAAAGACGGAUGAAGGAUCGACUUGUCUGCCUCACUGUUGGUUCGUCGCCGUUGAUAUGCAACUUUACCUGGUCACCCCACUAGUGCUGCUGCCCCUUUUAUUCCGGCCUAAGCACGGUCUAGUGUGGGUGUGGGCGUGGAUGGGCGUGUCGGUGGUGGUUCCUGCCAUCAUCGUGGGAGUGUAUAACGUAUGGCCUGCCAGCCUUCUCCUUAUGGACGACGUCGAGGCCAGUUUGGAAUACAACUAUAAAGUGUAUCUGACGCCCUGGUGUAGAGCUGGACCGUAUAUGGUGGGUAUACUGACAGGGUACUUACUACACAGAGGCAGGGAGACCCCCAGCUUGACGCGCCUCCAGUGGUGGCAGGUAGCGGCGGGGUGGGCGGCGGCGGUGGCGGUGGCCCUGGCGGUGUUAUUAGGGAUCGAGCGAUACAACUUUGUGGGGACGACGACCACUGUACCGCAGAUGUCGCUGACGGAGGCGGUGCUGUACGGCGGUGCUCACAGGGCGGCUUGGGCGGCAGCUGUGUCCUGGAUGGUGGUAGCCUGUCACUGGGGCUACGGGGGUCCGGUAGACUGGCUUCUGUCCCACCCCAGUUGGCAGCCCCUGAGUAGACUGACGUACUGCAUCUACCUCACAAGUCUACCUAUUCAGUUCAUGUUCCUCUACUCUAUCCCUCAACCUACCUACUACAGUCACAUCACUAAGAUCAUGGAGACGUGUGGGGUGAUGCUUGGUGUCAGUUUGGUAGCAGUGGUGAUAACACUUCUCUCAGAGUCACCAAUACUCCGCCUCGAAAAGCUCCUUCUUCAACCUUCAAGACCGACCAACAAGAGGGAGAACACCUCAGGACCCAAGGCAGAAGACAAGGUCGACCUUCAAGACGUCAUGGUCGAUGCUGAGGGUGUCAAGCAGGAUGUCGAGGAUGUCAAGUAGGACCAUUGAUAAAUAAACACCUUCAAGACAUCAAGGACGACCUCACCGAUCUCAAACGACAUGCCUAACCCCUCGAAGUCGACCUCUAGAUACACGUCAGCCUUGAUGAUGUUUAAAGCCUCAAACUAACCCUACACCAUCAAGGUUGACCGCUAAGGGAUGAAGGAGGACGUCCACGAGUUCGAGAGUGACCCGGAUAAGAAAACCAAAUACUAUUAGCAACAAUGAAUUAAAUUGACCAAUCAGAACGCCGGAUAGAAAACUAGAACACCUGUUAUUGGCUCUGGUCACGUGACGGUUAGUUUACCAAUAAGAAGUAUUCAUAAACUGUAAAUGAGAGAGAGAGAGAGAGAAUAAACUAGCUUUAAUAAACAGUCCGCCAUAUAUGUAUUACUCAUCAAUAAACUUUACCUUAUAACCUAA